GCAGACAUCACUUCCGAGAUCCUGCCAUUUUGCUGCUGAUGCUCAAAGCAAGCAGCGUCCAGACUAGCUGGUGCUGGCUGCAGCCAUUGUUUUGAAGUACAGCUGAUUAUUUUUUUUAACGAGACUAAAUCAGUUUUUAACAAUUGAAGACGUCAUCAAAGUAGAAUGUCAGAUUUCGACCACAACCCGUUCGCGGACCCUGAAUUCAAUAACCCUUUUCAGGAUCCGUCGGUGACCCAAGUAACACAGAAUGCUCCUCCAGGGUUGGAAGAGUACAACCCCUUCACAGAUGCCAAGCCGGUCCACCCUGGCCCAGCGCCUAAAGUACCGCCCCCACCCACCACCACCACCACCAACACACAACCAGCCAUCAUGAAGCCUACUGAAGAACCUCCUGCAUACUCACAGUCACAGGAGCAGGCGUGGGCGGCUACAGAGCUGCUGAGGAGACAGGAAGAGCUGGAGAGGAAGGCCGCCGAGCUAGAUCGCCGCGAGAGAGAGAUGCAGUCGCUCAGCACAUCAGGAGGUAGGAAAAACAACUGGCCUCCUCUCCCGGAGAAGUUCCCCGUGGGCCCCUGUUUCUACCACGACAUCACAGUGGACAUCCCUGUGGAGUUCCAGAAGACUGUCAAGAUCAUGUACUACAUCUGGAUGUUCCACACGGGGACGCUGUUCGCCAACAUGUUUGGCUGUCUGGCCUGGUUCUGUGUGGAUGCGACCAGGGGAGUGGACUUUGGUCUGGCCAUGCUCUGGUUCAUGAUCUUCACCCCCUGCUCCUUCGUCUGCUGGUACAGACCCCUCUAUGGAGCUUUCAGGAGUGACAGCUCGUUCCGUUUCUUUGUAUUCUUCUUCGUGUACAUCUGUCAGUUUGGCGUUCACGUGAUGCAGUCCAUCGGCAUCUCCGGCUGGGGCGCCAGUGGGUGGAUCUCCGCUCUGAUUGGUCUGAAUAAGAGCAUCCCUGUUGGCAUCAUCAUGAUCCUCAUCGCUGCUCUUUUCACCGCCCUGGCUGUAAUGUCGCUCAUCAUGUUCAAAAAGGUCCAUGGCAUGUACCGUACCACAGGGGCGAGCUUUGAGAAGGCCCAGGCCGAGUUCGCCACGGGCGUCAUGGCCAACAAGACGGUCCAGACCGCCGCUGCCACCGCCGCCUCCAACGCCGCCAGCGGAGCCUUCAAGCAACAGAUCUGAUUGGCCCCUGGAGCCCGUCCUAUUUCUUCACUCCGUCCAAUCCAGCCCCGCCCCCCCUCGAGCCGAGCUCAAGCUUCCCUGCCCUCCUAACCUAGCUCUACUCGCAUGACUAGGAUGAGACCAUAGAGAGAGGUAGAGGGCUCGUCUCUGCAUCUGUGGCGUUGUAGUCGUCUGUGACAGCAUGGGGCAGCGCCAUUGAGGCUACAACCCAUAAAAAACAUACUGACCCAGUUGACUACUUUUUGAUUUCUUUAACCCCCUUAUGUCGAUGUCCGCGCCCCCACGGAAAUCUAAUUAGCAUUAACAUAAUAAGCAUAAUAAAACAAUCCCCGUAACAAUGUGUCAGUUUAAGCUAGGGAGAUGGUGUAUUGGAUGCAUCUCAGUCCACCGCAUGCGCCCAUGCCACACUUCCUCAUCUGCGGUGAAAGGUGACGGAGCUAGAGCGGUGUUUGUCAGACCAAGAGACGUCCUGAAAAAUGGUUCUGCUCACAAAAUCGUCCGUAGCGUCCGAAUGGUUUGACCUAGAAAACUAUCUAUGGAAAGCUGGGACUCUCACGAACACAAUGGUGUUUUGCUCUACGACCCCCCCCCCCCCCCACACA